AUGUUGCAUUUGUUAAAGAAUUUACUCACCCAUGAUGAUGAUUUGGAUGAUGAUGAUGAUGCUUUCGAUGAUAAUGAUGAUGCUUUGGAUGAUGAUGAUGAUGAUGAUGGUGAUUUGGAUGAUGAUUAUUAUUAUUAUUUGGAUGAUGAUGAUGAUGAUGAUGGUGAUGCUUUGGAUGAUGAUGAUGAUGUUGGUGAUUUGGAUGAUAAUGAUGAUUUGGAUGAUGACGACGAUGAUGAGUGUAAAAUAUAUUAA